AGUUGCUGAUGAGACAGUGUUUCUCUUUGUAAUGUAUUUAUUGCUGCUUCAUAUGGAAUAUCUCACUCUAUCUCAGUUCAGUGACUGGUUAAUGUUUCCUUAGAUAUGGGAGGGAUUUAGGAGAGGUGGGCGGGACACAGGCUGGAGGAUUAAUAACAGGAAAAGGCAGAGAAUUUAGGUGAUAUGUUGUCACUGAUGGAAUAUACAACAUAGUCUAUUACAGAUCUCCCUCUGAGUGUGAGACUGCGGGAGUUGGACAUAAAAAUUCUGUUUAAAGAGAAAGAAGAAAAAUGAAUCCUCUGUACCGGAGCCUCGUGCUCUUUAUUCUGCUGAAAUUGAUAUCUCCAGAGUCUCUUUGCUCCUGGGAAAUACAAAUAAGCGUCGGAGAAGGGAGAGACGUGAUUUUGCCAGUGAACAACCCAAAGAACAGAAUUUUUUCUUGGCGAUUUGAUACCGGAAACUUCUUUGAAAGCUUUGCUAAAACAGAAGCCGGAGGGAAGAAAUGGGACAUAAAGGAUCAAUUCAGAGGGAGACUGAGCAGCACAGAGAAUGGAUCUUUAAUCAUCACUAAUGUCACCAUGAAGGACAGACAAAACUACUUUGAAUGGCCAGAAGUAUGGACUGACUGUAUCCAGAAAUAUUUUCUCCUGAUCUCCAGUAAUUUCCCAGAAAAGAAUCCUAUUGUCAGACACAAAGAGUCCAUUGUUGCACAGUAUUUUUGUGUACCUGGAAUAGAAAUCAGUGUCGGAGAAGGAGAAGAAGUGAUUCUACCAGUGCUAUCAGGGGAGACAUUUGAUUGGCGAUUUGACAAUGGAUACCAGUAUAAACAAUUUGCUAAAACAGAAGCUGGAGGGAAGAUAUGGGACAUAAAGGAUCAAUUCAGAGGGAGACUGAGCAGCACAGAGAAUGGAUCUUUAAUCAUCACUAAUGUCACCAUGAACGACCCACCAACCUACGUUAAAUGGUUAGACCAGUCACAAUGGCCUGACUGUAUCCAGAAGUAUUAUCUACGGGUCUACAAACCAUUAGAAGCUGAAGAUAUCCUGAUCCAUCACAAUAUCACUGGGAAGGGAACGUGUAACAUUACACUGACCUGUGCUGUGACCCAAUCACAAGUGACCGUCUCUUGGGAUGAAACAAAUCAGAGAGACACAGAGGUGGAAGGGGACACUCUUCAUAUCUAUAAUGUUAAGUCUACAGUUACUUACACUUGUACAGCACAGAAUCCCAUCAGCAGAACCUCCAAGAGUAUAAAUCCUUGGCAUCUCUGUUAUAAAGGAGCAGAGCCAACUGGAGCCAGUUCUGCGACUGUUGCAUCUAUUAAUGAAAAUGUGUUGAAGGAGAACCAGAUCAGGAAAGAUCAAGUUGUGUUGAAGGAGAACCAGAUCAUGAAAGAUCAAGGUGUCCAAGAUCCAGAUCUGGGAAAGAUUUAAAAAAAAAUCUUUGGAAAGUAAAAAGAGAAAAACAGAGAUUAUAGAAAGGACUCACAACCACAAAUACAACUGUUCAUUUAUAUUAAAAAUACCAGCAUGUCAGUAAAUUAAAGUAGUUUCUGAUUGCAGACAUCAAGGACCUGACUUUACUCAUUCGUUCUCAUUGGUCUCUCAUUGGCCUUCAAGUCCCUUAUUGAGGAAAUAUAAAUGUAUCUUAAGAUAAAAGGAUCCCACCCUAUCUGCUCUACUGGUGUAACCUGUAUUUUUGGAAGCCAAAUGAUUCACAUCUGGUCUCAUCAUUAAAACGAACGAGAUUAUAUACCUAUCCAUGGCAUGGAAGCCCAAAUCUUGGAUGACUCCUAGAGAGGGCCUUAUUAAAGGAAAACUAAAGCCUAACUAAUGAAGUAGGCAAGAGAUAUUGCGCAUUAUGUUUCCGGCUUCUGUACCAGCCCAAGGCAACCACAGCCAUU